AUGAAGAUUUCCGUUCAACCGUUCCACUCCCCAGCACCACCUUUCGCUCCUCCUACACCGGCAGAGAGCACUCGCUCAUCCCCUCGAACAUCUCCCAAGCGCAAGCGACCCUUGUCCUCCUCGUCCUCGUCAACAUCUCUCGCAGUCUCCAAGCGGCCUGUAGAGGCCCAAUCCCGUCUUGUCAAUCAUUAUGAUCCGGGGGUGUUCGUCGUCGAGCGUUUGAUGGCUCGGUCGUAUGGACGCGGAUACGGACCUGAUGGCGUGUUCGAGUAUCAAUAUCUUGUGCGAUGGGCGGGAUACGGGCCAGAACACGAUACGUGGGAGAUGAGGUCGACAUUACUUGAUGGGGCAGAAAAGCUGCUGUCUCAAUUUGAGGGAAGAGAUCAUCCUUUCACCAUCCUUGAGAGUAGGAGUUUGAACCCGCGCGUCUACCUCGUUCAGUAUUGCGACCAAAGCCUCACUGUCCCUCCAUCCCCACUCUGUCAACGUCUUUGGCACACGAUUGCACAGAUCAAAUCCCGUGGUGACAUAUCAUCUGCUGCAGUAGACCUCGCCAUGCGUAUCUAUCACGGAAAGCUCAUCUCCCCUGUUCCCCUGCCUGUCAAAACUGUCCCCAAGCCUAAGAAGACCCAUGCCCGAGCACUCCUCACCCUAUUGGACAGACAAAGGUUCAAGCAAAAAGCUUCUAGCAAGAAAUGGUCCUCGAUGUGGUUAGCUCGAUGGCGAGAAGGCAAGACCAUCCAGGAGGAAUGGAUCGAACGAUCGAAACUCAGCACUUGGUUUGGUGAUCGUGCUACCCAGCUCGUCAAGGAGUUUAAUGAUGAAUUGCUCGCUGCGCAGAAGGCAGCCAAGCAACCUGGGGCUAGCGGUGUGAAGAGCCCUACUUUCCCUUGGCCAGCCGCCCUCGACGUUCCCAUUUCCACCUGGAUUAGACAGAUGAAGAAGGAUUUCUAG